UUUUCAAGAAAUGGAAUUCCUGAGACCGGUAAAAGAAACCCGCAAAACCACAACCAAUCUUAAACGGCGCCUGGAAAAUGAACCGGAAAGCUCAGACACAACGGUUCUGGAAGCUACCAGCUUUAUAGCAAACACUCCAGUCGGCGAAGAGAACGUUUCAUCGCAACCAGCAUCUACCCCAACGCCGAAAAAGUCCCGAAACGAACUGUCUAAGGUGGCAACUGAAGAUAAGCUGGAAGCUGCAUUUCUAAGCUAUGUCGAUAAACUGGGGACACAUUUGGACUCAAACAAGAACACCGACUCGGAAACGAAUAGCUGGUGUGAUUUAGUAAAGGCAUCAGUUGUCAAACUGCGCCCUCGCAAUCAACUGGAGCUUAAAAAAAGGGUGUUGGACUUGCUCCACGAGUACCAAAUGUCAGAACUGGAUGACUAAUUUCAUUUCGACUUUUUCUCUUAU